AUGGACCAGCCAGGGGCCUCCUGCUCCAGCUCGGAGCCCCGCGCCACCGUGGCCCGCGAGCUGCUCUUGGCAGCCCUGGAGGACCUGAGCCAGGAGCAGCUGAAGCGUUUCCGCCACAAGCUGCGGGACGCGCGCACGGGCGGCCGCAGCAUCCCGUGGGGGCGCCUGGAGCUCGCGGACGCCCUGGAGCUCGCCGAGCAGCUGGUCCAUUUCUACGGCCCGGAGCCCGCGCUGGACGUGGCCCGCGCAACCCUGAAGAGGGCGGAUGUGCGCGACGUGGCUGCGCGGCUCAAGGAGCAGCGGCUGCAGCAGCUCGGCACCAGCUCCUCAGCGCAGCUCUCCCUGGCCGAGUACGCGAAGAAGCACCGCGAGCACGUGCUGCGGCAGCACGCCAAGGUGAGGGAGCGGAACGCGCGCUCCGUGAGGCUGGAUCGGCGCUUCACCAAGCUGCUCAUCGCGCCCGAGGCCCGCGGGGACCCGGCGCCGGAGGCCGCGCAGGAGUCGCAGGAAGGGCGCGCGCGGCGCUCGGACACCCGCACCUUCAACCGGCUCUUCGGCCGCGACGACGAGGGCCAGCGGCCGCUGACCGUGGUGCUGCAGGGCCCGGCGGGCAUCGGCAAAACCAUGGCGGCCAGAAAGAUCCUGUACGACUGGGCGGCCGGCAAGCUGUACCAGGGCCAGGUGGACUUCGCCUUUUUCGUGCCGUGCCGCGAGCUGCUGGGGCGCCCGGACGAGCGCAGCCUGGCCGACCUGAUGCUGGACCAGUGCCCGGACCGCGGCGCGCCGCUGCCGCAAAUGCUGGCGCAGCCGCAGCGGCUGCUCUUCAUCCUGGACGGCGCGGACGAGCUGCCCGCGCCCCCGGGCGGCCUCGAGGCCGCGCCCUGCACGGACCCCUUCGAGGCGGCGAGCGGCGCGCGCGUGCUAGGCGGGCUGCUGAGCAAGGCGCUGCUGCCCCCGGCCCGCCUGCUGGUGACCGCGCGCGCCGCCGCCCCCGCCAGGCUGCAGGGCCGCCUGCGCUCGCCGCAGUGCGCCGAGGUGUGCGGCUUUGGCGACCGCGACAGAAAGAAGUAUUUCUACAGGUACUUCGGGGACGAGCGGAGCGCUGCGCGCGCCUACCGCCUGGCCAAGGAAAACGAGACGCUGUUCGCGCUCUGUUUCGUGCCCUUCGUGUGCUGGAUAGUGUGCACCGUGCUGCGCCGCCAGCUCGACCUGGGCCGCGACCCGGCUCACGCUCUCAGGACCACCACAUCCGUGUACCUGCUCUUCGCCACCAGCCUGCUCAGCGGCGCCGACGCGCCCCAGAUGCAGGCGGAGCUCCGCAAGUUGUGCCGGCUGGCCCGCGAGGGCACGCUCGAGCGCCGGGCGCGCUUCACCGACAAGGACCUGGAGCGCCUGCAGCUCCGCGGCUCCCACGUCCAGAGCCUGUUCCUCAGCAAAAAGGAGAUGCCGGGCGUGCUGGACACGGAGGUCACCUACCACUUCGCGGACCUGAGCUUCCAGGAGUUCUUCGCGGCGCUGUCCUACCUGCUGCAGGACGAGGGGUCCCCUGGGGCCACGGCUGCAGGCGUCGGGACCCUGCUGCGCGCAGACCCGGAGCUUCGCCGAGACCUGGCGCUCACCACGCGCUUCCUCUUUGGGCUGCUGAGCGCAGAGCGCACGUGGGACGUGGAGCGCCACUUCGGCUGUGCCAUCUCGGAGCGCGUGAAGCAGGACGCCCUGCACUGGGUGCAGGACCAGGGCCAGGGCCAGGGCCGCCCGGGCGAGGCGCGAGAAGACGGGGAACAGCCGGAGGACGAUGACAACGAGGACAUCAGCUACCCGCUGGAGCUGCUCUACUGCCUGUAUGAGACGCAGGAGGAGGCGUUCGUGCGCCAGGCCCUGCAGGGCCUCCCCGAGCUGGUGCUGGAGCGAGUGCGCUUCAGCCGCAUGGACCUGGCGGUUCUGAGCUACUGUGUGAGCUGCUGCCCAGCCGGCCAGGCACUUCGGCUAGUCAGCUUCGGGCUGGAAACAGCACAGGAGAGGAAGAAGAAGAAGCGAAGCCUGAUGAAGCGGCUGCAGGGCAGCUCUGGAGCCGCCGCAAAACAACUGCCAGCCUCCCCACUCCAUCCGCUCUGCAAGGCUAUGAGUGACCAACAGUGUGGCCUCAGCAGCCUGACGCUGUCCCACGGCAAACUCUCCGAUGCCGUCUGCCGAGACCUCUCGGAGGCCCUGAAGGCAGCCCCUGCCCUGACGGAGCUGAGUCUCCAUCACAUCAGCCUCAGCGAGGCCGGCCUGCGGGUGCUGAGCCAGGGACUGGCCUGGCCCCAGUGCCGCCUGCACAGGCUCAGUCUGGCCUCCGUGGAGCUGAGUGGGCAGUCUGUGCAAGAGCUGCGGGCUGUGAAGACAGCGAAGCCAGAUCUGCUCAUCGUCCACCCAGCACUGGACGCUGACGCCGAGUCCCUCCCGGAAUGCAGCAGUGCCCUCUGAAGCCUGGAGGCCAGAGCAGGCGAAGGACCUGUGGCCAGCGCACCCAGCCGGGGGGAACGAUGCUUUCAGCCUCCAGCCAAUUCGCGUGAACCGAGGGGCCCUGGACGGCUCUGGACUCACCGAC